CCAAGAUUUAAACUCCAAAUGUGCAGGAGGUUUAAGCUAGAAGACCCAAAGAAAGGACCAGUGGAGCACUGGACACUCUGGGAGACGUUUAAGGAGAAGUACUGAACCUCCUGACCCUGAGGCAGCCAUGGUCCUCCUCCUCAUCUCUAUCACGGUUCUGCAUCUCUCCUCACUGGCCAUGCUUCUCAUUUCAACUCUGGAAAAAUCCUGGUGGGUUUGGGACGACUCGGAAAUUUCAGAUCUCUGGUACAACUGUUUCCAAGACAACGCUACAAAAACGUGGCUUUGUGCUGCCACCAAUGAGAACGACUGGCUCCAGUCCGUGCAGGCGCUCAUGGUCCUCUCGGUGGUCUUCUCCUCCAUCUCCUUCCUGGUGUUUCUGGGACAGCUCUUUGCCUUGUCCAAAGGAGGACUUUUCUUCUUCACUGGAUUCUGUCAGGCUUUUGCAGGUUUUACUGAUUUUGCCGCUUGCCUGAUUUUCACGUUCCACAGAAAGGAGAUUUUAGCCGACUCCAGAGAUCCAAACUUGGGGCGUUUUGGAUACUGCUUCAUUUUGGCCUGGGUCUGUGUGCCUCUGUUGUUACUGAGCGGCGUCCUCUACGUGCAUUUACGCAAGAAACACUGAGAUAAGCAACAAUUAUAAAUAAAAAAGUAAAAGAAUAUAAAACCAUAAUAAAGCUGUAUAUUUGGCAAAAGUGAUUGUGGAGCAGAAAAUAACAUCUUUUAUAUUCAUCAAUGUUUGGCUAUCUUUUUUUUAACAGCUAGACAGACUUAAGCAUGUAGCCUAUUAGAGGACUGUAUCUGACCUCUAUGACCUCUGAAGGAAGCCUAAAGUCACUGUACAGUAAAAAUACAAUUACUGUAGUUAAAAAUUACC